GCACAGUUACCCAGCGUGGAACAUAGCGUGGAAAAGAAAGACGGCCGGUUCACCAUCUUACUGCCAGAACACGAAGGACAAACACCGUCUUCUCAUUCACCGUAGUGUUUAUGUCCAGGCAAGCUCAUUCAAGAGCGGCUUCCUAAACUUCUGAACGACUUCUGCCUCUGUCAGUGAUAUGGCGAUGCACUAUGAUCAAGAGAUGCAGUUUAAACUGGCUUAUGCAGACCCAGGAAUCGUUAAAACAGAGCAAAAAACUCAGGAGAGGGGCCAGUGGUCAAGUAAAGUGGAAUUUCUCUUGGCAGUUGCUGGACAGAUUAUCGGCCUGGGAAAUGUGUGGAGGUUUCCCUACCUGUGCUACAAGAACGGAGGAGGAGUGUUUUUCAUUCCAUAUGUGGUCUUCCUGUUUGCCUGUGGCAUUCCGCUGUUCCUCUUGGAGAUAUCACUGGGUCAGUACACCAGUCAGGGCAGUAUCACCUGCUGGAGGAAAAUCUGCCCUCUGUUUGAAGGAUUGGGCUAUGGGAGUCAGGUGGUUGUGUUGUACUCCAGCAUCUACUACAUUAUCAUCCUGGCAUGGGCCUUCUUCUACCUCUUUUCCUCAUUUAGUUCUCAGUUGCCAUGGGCUAGCUGCAGUAACGCUUGGAAUACAGAAAGUUGUUUUGAGUUUGACCGGCUGGAUAAUUUUGGCAACUUGAGUAUACCACAGAACGCAACGUCUCCUGUUAAAGAGUUCUGGGAGAGGAGAGUGCUAAAUAUCACAGGCAGUGUGUAUGAGCUGGGCAGUGUGCGGUGGGAGCUGGCUCUCUGUCUGCUGCUGGCCUGGGUCAUCUGCUAUUUCUGUGUGUGGAAAGGAGUAAAGUCUACAGGCAAAGUGGUCUAUUUCACUGCUACCUUUCCUUAUGUCAUGCUGUUGGUGCUGCUGGUACGUGGACUCACGCUGCCCGGAGCCGUUGAUGGCAUCCUGUUCUACCUCUAUCCAGAUCCUACACGCCUCACAGACCCACAGGUGUGGAUGGAUGCUGGAACACAGAUUUUUUACUCCUACGCAAUCUGCAUUGGGUGCCUCACUGCUCUAGGAAGCUACAACAAGUACAACAACAACUGCUACAAGGACUGUGUAUAUCUUUGCAUGUUGAACAGUGGGACCAGCUUUGUGGCUGGCUUUGCCAUCUUCUCUGUGCUUGGAUUCAUGGCCUAUGAGCAGGGGACAGACAUCUCAACAGUGGCAGAGUCAGGUCCAGGGUUGGCCUUCAUUGCAUACCCCAGAGCAGUUGCAAUGAUGCCUAUUCCUCAACUAUGGGCCAUUUGUUUCUUCAUCAUGAUCAUUCUGUUGGGUUUGGACAGUGAGUUUGUAGGUUUGGAGGCACUGAUGACAGCCAUAACUGACAUGUACCCACAGUUCUUCCUUAUGGGUCAUCGACGCAAAUUCUUCCUGCUCCUCAUCUGCAUCGGGAGCUUUUUCAUCGGCCUAGUGAUGGUGACUGAGGGUGGCUUAUAUAUCUUCCAGUUGUUUGAUUACUAUGCCUGCAGCGGGAUGACCCUUCUGCUCUUUGCCAUUCUACAGUCAGUAUGUAUAGGAUGGGUAUAUGGUGCUGAUCGUCUGUAUAAUAAUAUAGCAGACAUGAUUGGCUAUCAGCCAUUGCCUUUAGCCAAGUACUGUUGGAAGUACGUCACUCCUGUACUGUGCUCAGGUACAUUCAUCUUCUCUCUGGUCAAAUUCACUCCUCUAAAGUUUAACAACACAUUUGAAUACCCUUGGUGGGGCUAUGCCAUUGGUUGGUGGUUCACUCUCUCAUCGACCCUCAUGGUUCCUCUUUGGAUGAUCUAUGCCCUACUUAGAUCCAGGGGAUCACUAAAACAGAGAUUAUAUGUUCUCUGCACCCCAGCAAGUGACCUUCCUUUGAGCAUGACACAGAUGGAGCCACUGUGAAGCUAGGUGCCUUGGAGCUUUAUUGCUCUGAACAUCAGCAUGGACAUCCGUGAAGCACAGUGGACUUUAGUUAUGCCAAUCCAGAUACCCCUAAUUUACACCCAUCUUCGUGCUUCCUCUCAACUGGCACACACCAAGUGUAACAGUGAUCAAAGUUGUGCUCCUCUUUAAGUGUUAAAUGACUCUAGACCUUAUCACAGAAUACCUCUUUAUUAAAUAGGACUGUUGCAAACUGCUGGAUGCUGUUCUCAUAGCAGCAAAGGAGAGUGUACUUAUGAAUGGUAUGCUUCUAAACUACUGAUUAACAGGUGGAUGUGCACUAUGAUUUUUGUGUUGCCAUUUAAAUAGGUUUCAGGGAGCAGAGGCCAACAUCAUCAGGACAUAGAAGGAUAUGCUUUUGACAUUAGAAUGUUACUUUAUUGGCCAGUGUUAAUGAAAAACAAGACUGACUGAGAAAGGAGGAGGAGGAUAUGGGAUGUCUAUCAGAGAAGAAUGAAGAGGAUGUGGGCUUUUUGUGAACUGUAACUAUGCAGUGAUGUUGUAAAGCAUUAAUUUCAUCCAACAUGUAGAAUGUUCUUGUCAUGGAAGAAAUUUAAAAAGUACAGUGGCCUUUCUCUGAAGCAGUGGCACUCUGUCUAGGACAUUAAGCUUGGUUCAGCAGCCAACAGGGGUUCUUAGCUGUUAAUCACUUUUUUUACAUCAUUAACAAGUGAAGAAAAAUAAAUAAAAAUCUAAAACAAAUAAAGAGGAGGACCAAUGCCAUUUUCAGACGGACCAGUGACAGUAAACAGUUAAAAAAGGAAGCUACUGCAGCCACCAGACCUAGUUUUGUCUGACCUACUUGGCUUCCUUUAGUUAGCUACUGACUAAGUCAUGUGAUACAGACUAAAAGUGCCUCUUCUAUGACUUGUGGGUCGGUGAAUCCAAUUCCACACAUGAUCAGACUUCCUAAAAAGCUAUUUUUUACCAGUUGUGGCAGUCACCUGAGUCACCAUUUUAAAGUGAUUUGACAGAGAAUUUGUGUAUUUCCAUUCAAAGUUGACUUUAUUGGUGAUUGCUGGUCUUUAGAAAUAAGGAUACAGAAGGUAGUUGAAACUAGUUCUAGUGUCAUUCCUGCUAUUUAGGCCAUUGGCAGUAUGUAUAAUGGGGGAAAAUGUUUACUGUGUAUCUUAAAAGUUAGCAUAGAUUUAUACCAUUUCAUUUUAUGAAUUGACAACACAGUGUUAAUGAAAAUACUCACUCCCAAAACAGUUCAGAUCAGUUGUCUAGUAGUGGUCAGUAGAAUCAGUCCGACAAAAAAAUUAUGAAGGACAAAAAAAAAUCAACUGCCGUUAUAAAAAUAAACUUAGCUGCUAUAAGUGAGGAAGAUUUUUUUUCCCUCACAUAGAUACUACAUUUAAUUUAAAUGUUUCUGUAAAUAAUGGAGAAGAACUGAUGAAAGAAACUCUAAAGUAGUGCAGUCUACAAUAAAGUCUUUCAGAAGGGAAUUAAUUCAGUGAGGCCCAUCCCACUUUUCUCAUGCUCUAAGGCAGGGGUCAGAUCCUCGAGGGCUACAGUCCUGCACUCAGAGUUUUCCUUCUAACAGGGAAUCCUUCUCAUAAAGGCCUUCAGAAUUAGCUGAUAAGUUGAAUCUGGAAUCUUUGUUGAGUGUAAUAUUGGUAAACUCUUCAGGGCUCUGGCCCUCCGGGACUGGAGUCUGAUACCUCCAUCUAUGGUUUUUGAAAUUAAAUGUUUUGUAAUGCAUUUUACAGAUUGUAUUAAAACCUUUGAACAUCUGUCACUCUUUCAUUAAAAAUGAGAAAAAUGUGAUCGAAUGUAAAAAAAAAUAAAACAGCACCAACAAAAUCUGCAGUGUCAGAUGCAGACUGCUCAAAAGCUGAUCUUGUUCCUAUAUGUAUUCCUUUAAAUUAUGUUGAUGCUGCCCUCUGUUGACCAAAUGUCAUGCUUGCUUUUAGAUCUUCUUUACUAUGCACAGUAGUGAUCAUUUCCAAGGAUUAACAUAAUUUUCUUGUGAAAAUCUCCAUUGGUUGUAACUGCACUGCAUUAAAACUUGGUUAAAAGUGCAUCUAAGAACAUAAAUUGAUUAGACUGCUACAGAAGUCAACUACUGAUUCAUUUUUGCAAUAAGCCAUACAACAAAAGACAGAAAAGGUUCAUUCAUUUUGGGUUUUUUUUGUAGUUUAAUAAGAUAUAGGCCUGCCUUUUAAUGCAUCAAAUUGUAAACACA